AUGACAUCAAAGACGAGAAGAGGAAAUAAUCUUCCAAGUGAGAUAGGAGAUCGAUUCAGUUGUUUAUCAGACGAGAUAAUCAGUCAUAUUCUGUCCUUUCUUCCAGUAAAAUCUGCUGUCCGAACAAGCAUUCUGUCCAAGAGGUGGCAAAACCUCUGGAAUUUUACAACAAAUCUUGAAUUUGAGGAGAACACUUUGAUUGCAACUAGUUCUGUUUAUGAUGUAGAACAUGUACUGAGUUGUUGCACAUCACCACAUAUCAAUAAGUUCUCUCUCACAGUAAAUUGUUAUGUUCAUGAUGAACGUCUUGAGUCAUGGAUAAAUUACGUAAUUAAGCGCAAUGUACGUGAGCUCAGACUCGAGGGACCAGUUUUUCCACAUUGUAUUUUCACAUGCAAGACCCUUACAGUUCUGGAACUCGAGUCUGGUGUACUAUUUGAUGAUGAGGACAUUCCUACUUGUUCUGAUAUUGAUUCUGAUUCCGAUACUGAUUCUGAUGUACUAUUUGAUAACAAGGACAUCCGGAUUCCUACUUCUUUUGAUCUCCCAAAUCUGAAAACCUUCCGCUCAUGUCUUCUCUAUUAUUCAUGUGAUUUCAUGGAGAAGCUUCUCUCUAGUAGCCCCCUACUAGAGGAUUUAACUAUAGAGGGAACUGUAACAAGUGAUUUUAUAUUUGAUCUUUCAUGUCCACUUUUGAAAAGAUUGAAGAUAGUGUUACGAGGACGAAAGGAACGUAAGGAUGUGCAAUGUAAAAUUGUAAUAAAUGCUCCAAACCUUGAGUAUCUAGAGCUUGUGGAUAUCUCAACAGUGGAAUAUGAUGUGGAGAAUUUGACAUCAAUAGCUGAAGUAAAAAUUGAUACAAGAUGGGAAGUUUUUGUUAAUAGAUCAAUACUUUGGCUUUUCAGGGCAAUCGACACCUUGAAAUCUUUAUCAUUGCACGACAUUUUUAUAUCC